CGCACGUCCCCCAGCCCACUUCUUAUUUUGCACACUUGAGUCCACAGUCUCGGCUGCAGCAGACGCAAGGUGGAGGGAAAUAAGGUUGCGCAAAUUCAAGGAACUUUCAGCGACGACUGGCGCUACUUUUGCGGCAUGCCGCUAAAACACACCGACCAAGAAACCGUUUGAUUUUUAGGUCCCCCCCCCGCCCCUCCCACCACACACCCCCCCCCACUCCCACGCCUCCACUAACCCCGUUUGCAUGUCAAGAACCCCCCGGAACAUUUUUUGCAACGAUGUGGACGUCUCACGAUACCGCUGGAUUUAUCGUCUUGUUCGGCUUUUGUGCGCAUUUUGGAUUCUCCUUUGAAGGUCGCUUCACCGACCUGCCCUCCAACAUGACGGCCAAAGAGGGACAGAACAUAGAAAUGGCGUGCGCCUUCCAGAGCGGAACGGCGUCAGUUUAUUUGGAGAUCCAGUGGUGGUUCGUCAAAGCGCCGGAACCCACCGAAACCCCGGAGGAGGUCGACGCAGAAGAGAUGGAGAUAACCGCCGAGCCCGAUGAUGAGGGGACAAAAAUAAGCACCGUUAAAGUCCAAGGCAACGACAUUUCCCACAAGCUCCAGAUCUCCAGAGUCGGCAAGAGCGACGAGGGCUUGUACGAGUGCCGUGUGACACAGGCUAACUACGGGGAGAUCGUGGAUUACAAAGCCCAAGCUUGGUUGAGGGUCAACGCCACCAACAGAGCACGGCGUCCACUGCAGCCGCCCAAGAAGAGCUCCCCUUUGCACCUGACGGACAAGAAGCCGAGAAAGUCCACCUCAUCUGUGGGCCAAGACAACAUGAACUCAGACCAGAGGGUGGACUCUUCCUCUACAUCGCAUACGUCGUCAAAUACAGCCACACACAACACCAGCUCAGGUACCAGAAUAUCGGCCUGCUAUCGAUUCGCCAUCGUCCUCCUGGCUUGCGGCCCGGUGAGGGAGGCCUUGUUAUAAUAUGCAGAGGGGAUAACGGACGAAGAACUGACUCGCUUUCUCUCAAGUUUGCUCCUAAAGUGAAGACGACAUGCGCUUGUUUUAUGUCCCCCCCCCCCUUCUUUACCACGACCAUGCAGACUGCACAGUAUAAGCUUCAUCCCCUCCCUCCCCCCCCCCGCCGAUACUACCGCUCUUUGCACCCAGCACAUUAUUAGCAACGAGAAAGGGGGAAAAAAAUGAGUCGCCUUUAAAAUCAGAAAAAUAAAAAAAGGACCGUUUUUUUGUUUUUUUUUGUAAAGGGGAGAAAAAAAAAAGGUCCGAGGUGCGACGCUCCGAUGUGAAGAUGGACUCUCAGUAGAUAACUCACGUGGAGGAAUCACUUUCUUAUAGUUUUGCUGUUCUAAGUCACAUUUGUCAGAAUGGACAAAAAAAAAAUCUAUAUUUGUGUUAUAAAUAUAUAAAUAAAUAUAUUAAAUUAUCUGUUUUAUUUUCAACACCUAGAUUUAAUGUAUGUGCCGUGUACUUAGCUAACACCAUUCCAUUGUGAAUACACCUCCCGGUUGGAGAGAGAUUUUUCAUUUUUGACUGUUAACAUUCUUUGUUUCCCCAUCUGUCUUGAAGCUGUUACGCGAUCUGAUGUGCAUACUUUUACAUCUCGUUUGUGAUACAAAUGUGCAUGCUUUGUGACCGGGGCUGAACAGGGGCAGGCGUGUACUACGGUGUUGGAACGACACGAGUCAGCACUCGGGGGUUCAGUGUUUUAUCAGUAUUUCCGAUUUAGCUUGAUUUUCAAUGUGCUAGUUUUGAUGUGUGGGGGUGGGGUGGAAAUAAAAUGUCCGUGUCAUUUUGAUUUGUAUUGCACCCUCUAAAUGAAUAAAAAUGGAUG